AUGUCUGCACAGGACCAGGCUCAGAUGCGCCCCUGCCUCCCUCCUCUCCCCCGGCCUGUGUCUCUCCUCUGCAGCCCUUACCACGGGCCGUCCCGGGCCGCUGCGGCCGCUGUCUUUAUGCAGCACAAUGGCUCGGCUUCUCCCGGUCCCUCUCUGUCCUUCAUGCCCAUCGCCAGCACCAGCACUCGGGUGAGGCGCUUCAUCCAGGAGCGGAGGGCCCAGCUGCCUCUGCCUCUGCCCCGCGUCAUGGUGGUGUUCUCCGCUGCAGGAGGAGACAGCAGCGGGGACCGGGCGGAGGGAGGCAUCAUCCCGGACCUACCGAGCACCAGCGCGAACCCCGGGCCUCUCCCCGGGACUCUCCCUGGACCUCUCCCUGGACCUCUCUCCGGGACUCUCCCCGGGACUCUCUCCGAGCCUCUCUCCGGACCUCUCUCCGGACCUCUCCCUGGACCUCUCCCCGGGACUCUCUCCGGGACUCUCCCCAGGAAUCUGAGCUCAGUGGGCGAGCAGGAGCAGGAGUUCCCAGAGAUCCUGUCCCUGAAUGUGGGCGGAACUUACUUCACCACGCGCCUCUCCACGCUGCAGCGUUACGACGACACCAUGUUAGCCGCCAUGUUCAGCGGCCGCUACCACAUCCCGCAGGACUCAGACGGACGCUACUUCAUCGACCGCGACGGAAGCUACUUUGGGGACGUUCUGAACUUCCUUCGAGAGGGCGAGCUGCCGCCUCAGGAGCGAGUGCGGGCCGUGUACCGAGAGGCUCAGUACUAUUCCAUUGGACCUCUCCUGGAGCACCUGGAGGAUAUCCAGCCUCUGACCGGAGAGAAGGUCCGGCAGGCUUUCCUCGACCUCAUGCCCUACUACAGAGAGAACCUGGAGCGUAUCAUGGAGAUAGCGAAGCUGAGGGCGAUGCAGAAGAAGGCGCGGUUUGCGAAGCUGAAGGUGUGUGUGUAUAAGGAGGAGAUGCCCAUCACGCCGUACGAGAGGCCGCUGCUCCACUCUCUGAGGCUGGAGCAGAGUGACAACAAACUGUUCUCGCACCAGUGUGAGGUGGACGUGUCGUUCGGACCCUGGGAGGCUGUGGCCGACGUCUACGACCUGCUGCACUGCAUUGUCUCAGACUUAGGAGAGCGAGGCAUCAGUGCAGAGCAGCAGUGCAUCGGAGUCUGUGACAAACACCUCAUCAACCACUACUACUGCAAGAGGCCCAUCUACGAGUUCAAGAUCACCUGGUGGUGA